AGAUCGGGCAUAAACGGCUGAGCUGCCCACGCAGAGCGGUGCAGCCGGGGAGCUCCGGGGGAGACACGGGCGGGGUACAGCAGCAGCAGCGCGGAGACAGCCAGCAGGGGGACACCGGAGAACAGGAGCCUGGGGCAGAGAGGGGUAACGACACACCGAGGAACACACCACUGAAAUAAUCACAGCACCCAGGGAUAACACACACACACCCGCGCCCAUACCAGCAGUAACACCGACACCCGCGCCCGUACCAGCAGUAACACCGACACCCGCGCCCGUACCAGCAGUAACACCGACACCCGCGCCCGUACCAGCAGUAACACCGACACCCGCGCCCGUACCAGCAGUAACACCGACACCCGCGCCCGUACCAGCAGUAACACCGACACCCGCGCCCGUACCAGCAGUAACACCGACACCCGCGCCCGUACCAGCGGUAACACCGACACCACAGACAGUUUUCACUUCAAGCCCUACACCGCUAUCACCGGUGGAGACAGUGACCCCACACAACCGCAGCAGAAGAAGCUACAGGACAAGAACAUUGAGAAGAAUAAAACUAAACCGGAAAUAAUAAGGGAGGAGAGGGACAAGGUGGGGGAAUCGUCUGAAAAGCACAGCGUAAUGUUGAGAUGUUGGAGGACUUGGGCCCAGAGUGCAGUGAAGGAGCGGCAGGAGAGGAACCGCCACAGACAUGGAGGAGGAAAGAGUCACCCCAGAACAACCAGUCGUGUUUUUCAACAUUGUCCUUCCUGCAUCUUCCUGAUAGAUCUGCUUUACUGAGUAAUGGAUCCCAUUCCUAAAUUCAAAAGGAACUACCUUCUCUGUCCUGUCUGCAAGAAGACCUGGGACUGCCUGUCAGUGCAUCUGCACAGAGUCUGCAUGAAGACCGAUCCUGAAGAAGCCAUUGAAGCAGUAGUGGAGAGGGCGACGGCGGAAAUGCGUGUGCUUCUGGCAAAAGGCAGGGUGAUUAAUUACGACCGGCCGGGUCAGAUUUUGGGCUCUGCUGACCCAAUGAGCAGGCUGAUUGAGGAACUGGAGAGUCGCUUUUUGGUGGUGACCGAUGUGCCCCCACCACUACCUACUACCACUGCAAGGGCAGAGCCUUCCUCCUCCAGAGCCACACAGCCAACAGAGUUGGACAGUGAACAGUCAGAGAGCUCCUGUCAGCGGUGGAAGAGCAGUUUUGAGACCUUUCAAUGUAACCCUGGUGUGCAGUGGGCCAACCCGGUAAGAAAGCUGAUGGCAGAGAAGGGGCUUUACAAGAAGCACUCUAUCGACCAUGCAUUGCUGAAGAAUUUUUCGUCAUUUUUGUGGAAAGACCUUCAAAACCCUAAACAGGAGGUUGAAAACGUUGCACGUUUUCUGUGUUACAUGGACCCACGGGCUCCGUCCCUGGAAUUUGUCAGAGACAGAGAGAAGACGCAGCAGUUUCUCAGGGAGCUGACUGAUGUGGGGCUUUCAAAGCAGCUCAACUUAUCUACAGGAAAAACCUGAAAAGAUUCCUCACCUACCAGACCAUCAACACCAACCUGAGGCAUGAUGACAAGGACCUGCAUACAGACUGUAGGGAGUUCAUAGACUACCUCGGACUGCUGCAGAAGAGCUGCAGUGAGAAGGUCAGCGAGGAGAUUACCCAAAAAAGGCAAGUUUAUUUUUGCACCCAUUUGACUGAUUUACACCACAUAUAUGUGAGCACUGUGACAAAUAAUAUUAUGAUGUGUUAAUGUUUGCUCUUUUUCACAGGCACGAGAGGUUGACAGCAGAUGGAGAACUGACAACGCAUGACUGCACAGCUGUGCUCAGGGCCACGUGUGUGCGGCCACGACUCUGGUCCUGCAUC